CUCAUGGAACUGAUAAUGCCAAACUUCCUCCUCCACCUUCUGUAGAUGCCACAGACCAUUCGACUUUAGCCACUGGAAACAUAGGCCUUGGAUUCGGGCUUACUGCUCUUGCAGCAUUUUGCUCUGCCCUAGGCGAAUCAAUUAAUAAUGAUCUUGAAAAAACUGAUGGCAUAGAUAAAAAUUUGCCAACAACAGUGGUAAGAUCUGAUGAUGCUCAUAGACUCAGAAAUUUGGGCAUUCAAAUUGCUAUUGCCUUGGCUCUUCAGUAA